AUGACAAUCUCUGUAAAGGACCCUGCCCUGCUCACCAUUCUCACUCUCUUCUCGGAUAAGAUGUUGGGCCAAAUCACAGGUUAUCAUGGGCCACGGAUCCUUGUUUCAAGUGUAUCUGUCUGCGGACUGCAAGACUGGGUGUAUGAAGGGCGUAACUUGUAUAAUUUUCACAUACUUCUACUGUACAGCAUAUGGUAUAUGCCAUGUGUGUUUGGUGAGUCUGUGUCAGUGACAGAGGGAGAUUCAGUCACUCUAAACACUGGUGCUGAAAUAAAUGAAGAUGUUGAAAUAGUGUGGAAAUAUGGAGCUGAAAAGUCUCUUAUAGCGCACAUCAAUGGAUUUGCUGGACUCUUCUACACAUACGAUGGUCCUGAUGGGAGAUUCAGAGACGGACUGAGGCUUGAUCAUCAGACUGGAUCUCUGACCAUCACAAACAUCAGAUCUGAACAUGCUGGAGAUUAUCAACUGGAGAUAUUUGAUGUAAAACUGACAUUGAAAACGUUCAGCGUGUCUGUUUAUGCUCAUCUGCCUGUUCCUGUCCUCAUCAGACACUGUUCAUCCUCCUCCUCCUCUUCAUCAGUGCAGUAUUGUUCAGUGCUGUGUUCAGUGGUGAAUGUGAGCGCUGUGAGUCUCUCCUGGUACAAAGGAAACAGUUUAUUGUCCAGCAUCAGUGUGUCUGAUCUCAGCAUCAGUCUCUCUCUACCUCUGGAGGUGGAAUAUCAGGAUAAAAACACCUACAGCUGUGUGAUCAACAACACAAUCAGCAACCAGACCACACAUCUGGACAUCAACACACUCUCUCGGACAGCAGCUGAAAGUAACCUCAUUCAGAGCUGCGAUUCUACUGAAGCCGUGCUGCGAUUGGUUGUCUCUGCUCUGGUGGGCGUGGCUAUUGUUGCUGUUCUGGUUUAUGAUGUCAUCUCUGCAAGAGGUUUAAAAGAGGAAAGAGAACAAUACAAUAUUUUUGAAUCAGGGGGUCCAAUCACUCAAUAUACAGAGACUGUACCCCACUCUGAGUCUCUGGGCAUCAUUGUAGGACGCCCGAUCAACCUACCUACCUGUUCACUGUUCAUCCUCUUACUUCCCUUCCCCACCAUCCCACUGUUCCCUCACCAUCCCUACAUCCCCACAAUAAAGUUUAGCUCAAAGUAUGGCAUGGUCCAUGCUGGUGAACACGCUUCUGAUGCUGCAGCAUUGAUGGAGGCUGCUGAUCUCUACUUCAUAAACCCCAGAGUCCAUGGUCCUGGUGUUUGUGAUGGUCAGAGAUCCAGUCUGAUGACCACCCCCUCCAGCCUGUCUCUGAAUCACUGA